GAGACGUGGACCGUCCUGAGCGCGAACCCCGGGGCGCGGCGCGGGGGCGCACACCGGAUGCCCGGGUGACCGAGGUUCCUUUCUGAACGGAGGGCUCGGCGGGUGGUCGACCCGAGUUUAUCUGCGUUAAUGGAAACGCUGGAGAGCCGAGAGAAAAAUCCUGGAGCCGGUAUUAUCCUUGGACGUGGCGAGGUCGAGCUUGUGGCCGCAGAUGCCCCUUCUCCGUCUAAACGAGCAGCAGGACCCCGUCCCAAGCCCGGCGUGAGGCGGCAGAAAUGGCCCUGAGCCCAGAGCCGACGAGCAGCACCGCGCCCGAAUCGCCUGGCGCCCCCAACGCGUCCCUCAACAGCUCGUGGGCCAGCCCCACGGAGUCCAGCUCCCUGGAGGACCUGGUGGCCACGGGCACUCUCGGGGUGCUGCUCUCGGCCAUGGGCGUGGUGGGCGUGGCGGGCAACGCGUACACGCUGGCGGUCACCUGCCGCUUCCUGCGCGCCUCGGCCCCCCUGUACGUCUACGUGGUCAACCUGGCGCUGGCGGACCUGCUCUACCUCCUCAGCGUCCCCUUAAUCGUGGCCACCUACGUCACCAGGGAGUGGCACUUCGGCGACGUGGGCUGCCGCCUCCUCUUCAGCCUGGACUUCCUGACCAUGCACGCCAGCAUCUUCACCCUGACCCUCAUGAGCAGCGAGCGCUACGCCGCCGUGGCGAGGCCGCUGGACACCGUGCGGCGCUCCAAGCGCUACCGCAAGCUCCUGGCGCUGGGCACGUGGCUGCUGGCGCUGCUGCUGGCGCUGCCCAUGAUGCUGGCCAUCCGGCUGGUCCGCAGCGGCCGCAAGAGCCUCUGCCUGCCGGCCUGGGGCCCGCGCGCCCACCGCGCCUACCUGACGCUGCUCUUCGGGACCAGCAUCGUGGGGCCCGGCGUGGUUAUCGCGCUCCUGUACGUCCGCCUGGCCCGCGCCUACUGGCUGGCGCAGCGGGCCUCCUUCCCGCAGACGCGGCGGCUGCCCAACCCCAGGGUGCUCUGCCUCAUCCUGGGCAUCGUGCUGCUCUUCUGGGCCUGCUUCCUGCCCUUCUGGCUGUGGCAGCUGCUGGCCCAGUACCGCGGGGCGCAGCCGCUCCCGCCCCGGCCGGCCCGCAUCGUCAACUACCUGACCACCUGCCUCACCUACGGCAACAGCUGCGUCAACCCCUUCCUCUACACGCUGCUCACCAGCAACUACCGCGACUACCGCCGGCGCCCGCUCCGCCGCCGCCCGGGCGCCCCCGCCGCCGGCAUCCCUCAGGGCCGCCCCCGCCGCCCGCGCGCCUCGGCCCGCUCGCUGUCCUCCAGCAGCCGGCGGGCCACCGAAACCAUCGCGCUGUCCCCCGCAGCGCCUGGGGGGCCCUGCGCCUGAGCAUCUCGGGCCGGCGCGUGGGUGGGGGGACCCAGAGCCCAGGUCGCUCCCGGCGCUCCUCCUCCAGACUGCCCCCAUCCUCCGACCCCUUCUAGAAAGCUUCCCCCGCCCUUCUCCGUCGCUCUCUUGGGCUCCCUCUGCCCCGCCCAUCGCUGAGGACCAGCUUCAGAAGAACCUGGCGAGUGGCGUCUCCACUGCCCUCAGCGGACGUGAGCGCCUGCGUGGGACACCUGUCCUGGCCGGGGCCUGGCCCCGCCCCCACGGGGCUCCGUCUCCAGCAGCUUCAGCACCUGGAGCAAUAAACCCUGGGCUCUUCCACACUCAGCCGCAGCAGCAGCCAGGGUGGGAUGUCGAGGGAGGCGGCCCCCAGAAAGGCCUCCCCCGCCCCGCCACCUGGAGGCGCCUGCCUGGCUGGAGAGGCUGCACAUCCAGCCACCCUGACCGGGUAGGCUGGUGUCAUCCAGCUGAGCUGGGCCCUGGGUGUGGGGCCUGAGACCCCGGGGCCAGGCGGGGAGCCACCAGGCCAACCUGCUCAGGGAGGAGGGGCAGCAAGGCGCCGCUCCAGGGCAGGAACAGGUGCCCAGACUGAACCCAGGGGCCAGACUUACGCUCCCCCUGGCAGCUCGCUGCCUCGCCCUCCCCGACGUAUGGGGGUGGGGGUGGGGUGUGAUCACACGAUACAUGGAGGGGUUCACGCGGUGCCUCUUGGUGAAGCACCGCGUGAACCCCAAGACCACAGGGCCCUGGCCACAGCGAGCCCACCCACCUCUCCCGCCCGCUCCCCCUGCCCCUGCCCCCGAUGGCCAGUAGACGCCACGUUGUGGCCCCAGAUCCCACCCCCAGCUCACCACCAGCCAUGCCCCUCCGAGACGCCUUUCACCGCCCAGCCCCAUUCAGCUGCUCGUGUGAUCUUUGCUCUGUUUCUUGGUGGGAUGCUGAAGAAGUUACAUUUUUGGCCUCACACUUAAGACCUAUCCUGGUUAACACCCCCAGGUGGGCCGGGCAAGCUUCUGCUGCCAAGCCUGGGACAGCUGGGGGCCCGGGUCCCCUGGACCCACCAGUCAGGCACAGAGGAUCUGUGGAGGCUAGUCUGGCUCAAGAUCCACAGUGGUCAGCUCGGCAGGCACAGUGCCUGGCCCUCAGCAAGCUGGACAGAGGGCCCUGGGCUAGGGGUGGCCCGGGGUGAGUGUGCAUGUGGCUAGAACGGGCCCUAGCAGGUCAGGGCUGCUGUUUUGUUUUUCGGUUUUUUUAAAUUUUUUGUCUUUUUGCCAUUUCUUAGGCCGCUCCCGCGGCAUAUGGA